GUGUAGUUCUAGAUCCUGUUGCCGUGCGCGAAUCCAUAAGGACUUGGGCGGUGGAGAGCAGGGUCAGCCAACGGCAGCUUCGGAGGUUGCUUUAUAAUCUCCACAAUCCAAUUCCGUCGCUGCCGUUGGACCCACGGACGUUGUUGCGUACGCCAAUGCAUCAGGUAACAUUGUUCGAGAUCGAAGGCGGCAGCUAUUGGCACCAUGGCUUGGAAAUCUGCCUUCGCUAUGCUUUCCAUUUUUUGGACACCCCCCGUACCAUCUCGUUAAACAUCAACGUAGAUGGUAUGCAGGUGUUUAACAGUGGAAAAAAACAGAUGUGGCCCAUCCUGGGAAACGUUUACGAAGAGCCUGAUCUGGCUGUUUUCGUAGUAGGCGUUUUUUAUGGAUUGGAGAAGCCACGACGUGUCCAGUCUUUUCUGGACAGGUUUACUGACGAGUACUUCAAAUUGAUGGAAUCGGGAUGCACCAUCAAUGGACAUAGGCUGACCGUCAAACAUCGUGCAUUUAUUUUCGAUUCGCCAGCUCGAUCCUUUUGUAAAGGAGUUGUGUCGUUUAAUGCUACCUGUGGGUGCAUUAAAUGCCUUGCGGAGAGGCGGAAACAUCCAGAAUCCGGCGUUAUUACAUACCAGGUGGAAGAAGCGGCACUCAGGACAGAUGCCGCAUUUAGGACACUGAAGGCCUACGUGGGACAUCACCAAGAAGGGCCAGUCUCGGUGGCAGGAUAUGAUUCAUAG